CGCACUGCCACUGUCCCUCUGCCCUUGUAUUCCAACACCGUUAUCUUCCCUGGCUCGCAUCGCUCCGGCAGGGAAGUGGCAAGUGGCUACACGUACAAUUAGGAACAACCACGCCUUCGCCUGCUCCCUAACUAUAACCGUAUCUAUUACAGUAUUCUCAAGCUACUGCUGCUGCUUUUGCCACUUUCACUAACUUAGACUCGAGAGGAGUUUCUCUCUCUCGGCACAGAGAUUUUUUUGGUCAUUAUUUAAUUAUCGCGAGAGCCUCUAGCCCCGAGGGUGAAGGAACAACGCGUCCACUGACCGCUACCGCGCGGUACCAAACAAGGGACAGACGCGCGCUGUGACCUGGUCCCAGUACAGCCCAGCCUCUGUUCAGCAAGAAGGACCACCGAGAGGGGCAACUAUGAAGCACCCAGGGAUGUUUCAGUUCAUCUGCUUACUUGCGCUUUUAAUUUACAAUGUCCAUAGCUUCAAUGGGAAUCAAGAUUCAAUUCCAACAGGCAAAUUACUUGUGUUGACUGUUGCCACUCAAGAAACGGAUGGUUUCUCUCGCUUCAUGCAGUCGGCAAACUAUUUCAACUACACUGUGAAGGUGCUGGGCAUGGGCGAGGAGUGGAAGGGGGGAGACGUGGGCAGAUCCAUCGGCGGCGGACAGAAAGUCAGACUACUGAAGGAGGCCAUGGAGGACCUGUCAGACCAGGAAGACCUGGUGGUCCUGUUUGUGGAUAGCUAUGAUGUUGUGCUUGCGGGCGCUCCCGAGGAGCUUCUGCGGAAGUUCCAGCAGGCCAAUCACAGGGUCGUGUUUGCGGCCGAGGGGCUGAUCUGGCCCGAUAAGCGGCUGGCGGAGAAGUACCCGUCUGUUCGCAGCGGGAAACGCUACCUCAACUCUGGAGGCCUCAUCGGCUACGCCCCGUACGUUGGCCGCAUCGUUAAGCAGUGGGACCUGCACGAUAAUGAUGAUGACCAGCUUUUCUAUACCAAGCUUUACGUGGAUCCCCAGCAGCGGGUCAACCUGAACAUGACCCUAGAUCACAAGUGCCAGAUUUUCCAGAACUUAAACGGCGCAAUCGAUGAGGUUAUGCUGAAGUUCGGCACGGAGAGAGUUCGCGUCAGGAACACGAUGUACGACACGCUGCCGGUGGUCGUCCAUGGGAACAUCAACACCAAAAUUUACUUGAACUACUUGGCCAACUAUGUACCCAAUGCCUGGAAUUAUGAGCAAGGCUGUCGCAGCUGUGACCAGAACAUGGUGGACCUGUCCCUGGCAAACGAAUUCCCGAGAGUCACAGUUGGCGUGUUCAUUGAGCAGCCGGUGCCUUUCGUUCCCGAGUUCUUCCAGAGGCUUCUUGACCUGGAUUAUCCGAAAGAUAAACUCAGCAUCUUCAUCCACAACAAUGAGGUUUAUCACGAGAAGCACAUCCAGAGAUUCUGGGAGGAGCACAGGAACACAUUUGCCAGCUUCAAGGUUGUGGGCCCGGAGGAGAACUUAAGUGAGGGCGAGGCCAGGAAUAUGGGCAUGGAUUCGUGCCGUAAGGAUGCGCAGUGUGACUACUACUUCAGCAUUGAUGCGGAUGUACAGCUCACCAACAAGCAGACCCUGAAGAUUCUGAUUGAACAGAACAAGAAAAUAAUUGGUCCCCUUGUCACUCGUCACGGCAAACUGUGGUCCAACUUCUGGGGAGCCCUGAGCCUGGAUGGUUAUUACGCCCGCUCCGAGGACUACAUUGACAUUGUGCAGGGCAAGCGUGUGGGAGUGUGGAACAUUCCAUUCAUGGCCCAUAUUUACCUAGUGAAGGGCACGGUGCUUCGGACGGAGAUGAAGGAGAGGAACUACUUUGUCCUGGAGAAACUGGACCCAGACAUGGCACUGUGCCGGAAUGCCAGGGAGCUGACGAGACAAAGGGAGAAAGACUCUCCCUCUCCGGAAUCGUUCCAUAUGCUCAGGCCUCCCAAGGGGAUCUUCAUGUACAUUACAAAUCGGCAUGAGUUUGGAAGGCUGAUAUCUACGGCUAACUACAACAUCACACACAGAAACAGUGACCUCUGGCAGAUCUUCGAGAACCCAGUGGAUUGGAAGGCAAAAUACAUCCAUCCAGACUAUGUCAAAAUCUUCACAGAAAAUCGUCUGGAGCAGCCAUGUACAGAUGUCUUCUGGUUCCCCGUCUUCUCGGACAAAGCCUGUGAUGAGCUGGUGGACGAGAUGGAGAACUUUGGAUCAUGGUCCGGUGGCAAGCAUGAGGAUAGACGCAUCUCAGGAGGAUACGAGAGCGUCCCAACAGAUGACAUUCACAUGAAGCAGGUCAACUAUGAGAAGGAGUGGCUGCACUUCAUCCGCGAGUUCAUCGCUCCCGUAACGCUCAAGGUCUUCUCUGGCUACUACACAAAGGCUUACGCCAUCAUGAACUUUGUGGUGAAGUACACUCCCGAAAGACAAGCGUACCUGAGGCCACAUCAUGACUCCUCCACAUUCACGAUUAACAUCGCCCUCAAUAGCAAAGGAACAGACUUCCAGGGAGGUGGUUGCCGCUUCCACAGGUAUAACUGCUCCAUAGAGUCCCCCAGGAAAGGCUGGAGUUUCAUGCACCCCGGCCGGCUCACUCACCUGCACGAAGGCCUGCCCACCACCAACGGAACCCGCUACAUAGCAGUAUCAUUUAUUGACCCUUGAACCUGUACAGUAGUCCACUUUUUUGACUGGGAUCUCUUAUGAAAUCUGAGUUUUAUGUGAGAAUUUAGUUUUUAUUUGGUCGUUUUUUUGUUUUGUUUGUUUGUUCAUUAUUUUCUCUAUUCUUUAUUUUUUUGUCAGACAGCUGUUUUUUUCAUGGUUGCACAUCUUACUGUAGAAAAAUAUAUGGGAAAAUGGGAACAAAGCACAGUCACAUACAUACAGUAGGUACAUGUUUUCUGACCAGUCCCAUUUAGUGCUGUCUGUUUUUACACGUUUUCAACCAUGCAAAGGGGGCAAAGACUGACUCAUUUUGUCCUUUUGUCAUCACCGUUAGUCUUGCAGGCCACAUUUGUCAAUGCUUCAUUCAGCACAAACAACCAAAGGAUGACAGGUCUCACACUAAUGUCUGUAGCAUUUUCAUCUCCAUUUGUUAUGAAUACCUAUGGUUGAAAAGUUCAUCUGUUAAGUUCACAAAAGGGUUUGUUCAUUUUCCAUGCAGCGUCGUUUGUUUUCUUUACUUUGCUUUCAUUAGUUUUAUUUAAUUCCUGAAAUCAAAACUCAUGUUCACUGUCUGAUUUUUUUUAUUUUAUUUAGUUUUGUUGUUGUUCUUCCUGUGUUUUUUGUUUUGUUUUGUUUUACUUUGAAUUUUUUAGUCUCAGAAAAGAGCAUUGUUGCUUGUCUGUAAAGAGAGAAAUGUUCUAUUUUUGUAAAUUUGCACAGCAGCAGGAGAAAUACACACGCUAAUGGGAUUCAAUAUGAAUCCUGUUUAAUGAAGUUCAAUUCCAAGCGUUUACUUGAAAUGUUUUUAUCAUGAUGAGAAAUGCCAAGCCCUUUUAUUUUGAAGGUUUCCAAACUGAAAAAAAAAACACUUUGGAGAUGCCUCAUGUUUACGUUCUCUGAAAGUUGUUGUAUGAAUGAACUUUGAGCCUCAGACCCGUGGAAUCUCUUAACUUAUUUUUCAAAUGGAUGGAAAUAUUGAAAAAUAAAUAUUUCAAACAAAGUA